GUUUUGCGUCAUCACGUUUAAAUAACCCGGAAACACACACGGAUAUUGUAGCGCAGAGAAGCGAAAUUGACUGGUUUUGUGCUUUUUAACCCACUUAAGUUAUGAAAUGGAAAAGGAUUUAGCCUUUAAUUCCAGCGGAGAGGAGAAUGUUAAGAGUGAGAUGAACCAUAAAUGCAAUUGGGCCAAAGUCUUAUCAAGGAGGAUGAUCCAUCAUUAAGAGUUAUUUAGUAGUUAAUGCACACCUGAAGAUAUUUUAUCCCCAUCAUGUUUGUGACGGCAUACCUGGCGUUCAUCGUAUUGGUGGGACUAUGUGUGGUUUUAGAAAUCACGGCCCGUCGACUAACCUCAUCCCAAACCACACAGACGGCUGUCGCCAAUCCGGCAUUCAGACGCUUCCAGAACAUCUUUCUGAAAGUUUACCUCCUUGCCCUUUGGGCAGACUGGUUACAAGGGCCGUACCUUUAUAAACUGUAUCGCCAUUAUAACUUCCUGGAAUCUCAGAUUGCCAUCCUGUACGUAUGUGGCCUUGGUUCCUGUGUGCUCUUUGCUCCGGUGGCCGGAUGGCUACCUCAGUUUCUGGGUCGAAGACAGACUUGUGUCCUCUUCUGUGUGGCUUAUUCAAUCUGCUGCUUUACUAAGUUAUCACGGGACUAUUUCAUGCUCAUACUAGGCCGUGUUUUAGGAGGACUGUCCACCUCCCUUCUGACCACCACCUUUGAGGCCUGGUAUGUGCAUGGUCACACUGAGGUUCAUGACUUUCCCAAAGAAUGGAUUCCUGUUACGUUUACUAAAGUUGCAAACUGGAACCACGCCCUGGCGGUUGCCGCCGGGCUGGUGGCAAACCUGUUUGCAGAAUGGCUCGGGCUGGGACCAGUAGCUCCGUUUCUCCUGGCUAUCCCGAGUCUUGCCAUCUGCGGCUGGUUCGUGCUGUUCGACUGGGGUCGAGAGGAGAACUCGGAGGGUGCGCGUGGAGACAAGAGCACCCCCCUUUUAAACCCUCUAAAUGGGCCUAAGUUGCAAACGUCAGCUCGGGCGCGUUUCUGGCGAGGAUGUUUGGAGGGUCUUCGCUGCUUGCUGUCAGACCGCCGCGUUAUGCUUUUGGGUGGCGUUCAGGCGCUCUUCGAAAGCGUCCUCUACAUUUUUGUCUUUCUUUGGACCCCUGUGCUGGACCCACACGGCCCUCCACUCGGAAUCGUCUUCUCCUGUCUGAUGGCGGCCAGUAUGGCUGGCUCAACGCUUUUUCGGCUAGCCACAUCAGCCCCCUAUCGGCUCCAACCCGGUCAUCUGCUCUGCUUGGCGGUCCUACUGGCUUUCUUCUCCUUCUUCAUGUUGACGUUCUCCACCGUGCCCGGCCAGCCCCGUCCAAGGGAAUCUCUUCUCGCGUUUCUCCUCCUGGAACUCGCCUGCGGGCUUUAUUUCCCAGCGGUGAGUUUCCUCCAGGGCCGCGUGAUCCCGGUGGAGAGGAGAGCCGUGGUGUUGGCAUGGUUUCGUUUGCCCCUACACCUCCUGGCUUGCCUCGGGCUGCUGGCUCUGCACGGGGAGGUUUCUGGCGCAGGUGCGGGCGAGGCCGGGGGUGGCACCAGACACAUGUUUGCAGGCUGUGCGGUGAUGAUGUUGGCUGCUCUGCUCGCUGUGGUCAGUCUUUUCACUGUGGGCAGGAAUGAUGCGGACUUGAGACUAGAGGGAACCAAAUUAGAUGGAGAAAUAUGAGUAGGGCAGAGAUGAACGCUGGAUGAUCACAGUGAGAAAGAGUGUUUGAUAUAGUUUUCUAUUUAAAAGCUGAGUUGGUUAAACAAUUGCAUUUAUGUUUAUUUCCUUAUUUCAUUGUUAGUUAAACAGGUCAAGUGCUUGUAAUCUGUUCUUUAAUAUUUUUACUUUAAGCCAAAACUGCAAGGACUUGAGAUUAUUCCAGACAAUGAGUAAUAAAAAAGCAUCAUUUUAAAUGCAUUUGCAUUCCAGCCAUCAACAAAAGACCAGAUGUUUGAAAUUAAAAUGGGUUUGGAGAUUUGCCACUUAAAUUAAGAUGGAUGUACAACAAAUCGAAUUUAAAUAUACCAUAUUGUCAUAAUUAUGUUUUGAGGAGUUUUUCUGAAUAAACACAUUGUGUUCA